CCCCUCUUUCUUCCAUAUACUCAUCUUCUCUAAAACCCCUACAUCUUUAUCUAUGUUUGUAUAUAUAACACACAUACAAACACACACCAAUUCUUAUUAGACCCCACAUUCUAAACACAAUCUUCCAACCCAAAUCUCACAAUUACAAAGAAAUGGGUCGUCAUGAUACAUACUUCUUCUGCCUAUCCAUAUUGUUACUUCACAACACAUUGACGAAUGUCGACGCCUUGGCAUGUAACUGGGGAACACAAGCGAGCCAUCCUAUUCCACCAAACAUUGUAGUAAAGCUCCUCAGGGACAACGGGUUCAACAAGGUUAAACUAUUUGAAGCUGACCCUGGUGCACUUAGAGCCCUUGGUAAAUCCGGUAUUCAAGUCAUGGUUGGUAUCCCCAACGAUCUCUUGGCUACUAUGGCGUCCACCGUUACCGCCGCCGAGCUUUGGGUUCAACAAAAUGUCUCUCAGUACAUCUCUAAAUAUGGUACCGACAUAAGACAUGUAGCCGUGGGGAACGAGCCAUUCUUAAAGACAUACAAGGACAGGUUCGUCCACUCAACAUACCCUGCGCUACAGAACGUUCAAGCAGCUCUAGUGAAAGCUGGUCUUGGUCGGAAAGUCAAAGUCACGGUGCCUCUUAACGCCGACGUCUACGAAUCCGGCGACGGUCUCCCUUCCUCCGGCGACUUCCGUUCCGACAUCAAAACACUAAUGGUCUCCAUCGUCCGGUUCCUUGCUGACUCCGUCUCGCCCAUUACUUUCAACAUCUACCCUUUCCUCUCUCUAAACGCCGACCCAAACUUCCCCCGCGAGUACGCCUUCUUCCCCGGCGGCGGCGGCGGAGGAGCUAAACCGGUCGUCGACGGAUCAAUCUCUUACACGAACGUCUUCGACGCGAACUUCGACACUCUUGUCUCGGCGCUGGAGAAAAACGGCUUCGACGCGAACAAGGUGGAGAUCAUCGUUGGAGAGGUCGGGUGGCCCACCGACGGCGAUGUAAACGCGACUCCGGCGAUGGCUCAGAGAUUCAACCAGGGCCUGCUCAACCGCAUCGUGAAAGGACAGGGAACGCCUCGCCGGAAAACGGCGCCGGAAGUUUACAUAUUCUCUCUAGUCGACGAGGACGUCAAGAGCGUCGAUCCGGGGAAGUUCGAGCGUCACUGGGGAAUAUUCUCUUACGACGGCGCCGUUAAGUACCCUCUCAGCCUCGGUAACGGACGUCAGUUAGUUCCCGCGAAGGGCGUUCGUUACCAGGCACGUGAGUGGUGCGUGCUCUCUCCUCAGGCGGCUGCGGGGAACAACGGUGGGGCGUGGACUUCGUCUGCUGAUUACGCUUGCCAGCUGGCGGAUUGCACUUCUCUUGGGCCAGGCUCAUCUUGCGCGGCCUUGGAUCCAGCCGCGAAUGCGUCUUACGCGUUUAAUAUGUAUUUUCAGAAGAUGGAUCAUCGACGUGGCUCUUGCGUGUUCGACAAUCUAGGGUUUGUUACUAAGGUUGAUCCGUCGCGUGGUUCGUGUAGGUUUCCUAUUGAGAUUGAUACGAGUAGGCACGAGACUUUGCGUCCGCCGCCGAGGAGUUCUGGUGCGAUGGAGAUGAAGUGGAGGACGGUGGCGGCGGCAGCGAUGGUGGCGGGAUGGGCGGUGUUUAAUUGAUUAUUGGGGCUUCUUGUCGUAAUUAUUUUUCAUUCUUUUUAUUACAUAUCUUUGUAACUACAACAGUCAAUAAAUGGACAUACAUUAUAACCAUAAUCUACGAUGUAUUAACAUACAGUGGCCACAUCACUAUUAUUGACGUGUGAG